AUGAAGGCAAAGGAUCUAGCGGUUGAUCAUGUGUCCGAUGAGAAACUGGCAAUAAAUAUCUCAGGAAGAAAAUUCGAAACUUGGAAGAACACACUGGAAAAGUUUCCCGAGACAUUAUUAGGGUCUAAUGAAAAGGAGUUUUUCUAUGAUGAAAGUACCGGAGAGUAUUUUUUUGAUCGUGAUCCGGAUAUUUUUCGUCAUAUUCUCACAUUCUAUCGUACUGGAAAAUUACAUUAUCCUCGACACGAAUGUCUAGUGGCCUACGACGAGGAGUUGUCGUUUUUUGGUAUCAUGCCUGAUUUAAUAAGUGAUUGUUGUUAUGAAGAUUAUAAGGAUAAGAAGCGAGAGAAUCAAGAACGACUUAUGGAAGAGCGGAUUGAAAACAAUGAUCUCACUAAAGUGAAUCAAACUUUUCAGGAGAAAAUGUGGGCGGCGUUUGAAAAUCCGCAUACAUCGUCGGUGGCGCUCGUUUUCUACUACGUGACGGGUUUUUUUAUUGCCGUUUCUGUAUUGUGUAAUAUAAUAGAAACAAUUCCAUGCUGGUAUUUAAAUGAUAUUCCGGUCUCAUGUGGAGAUGCUUAUGAGAAACAAUUUUUCGUGUUAGAUACCGCUUGCGUUAUUAUUUUCACUAUAGAAUAUUUGUUACGAUUAUAUGCGGCACCAGAUCGAUGUCGAUUUAUGAGAUCAAUAAUGAGUGUGAUUGAUGUGGUGGCGAUUCUACCGUACUACAUUGGCCUGGGGCUACAAAACAAUAAAGAUGUCUCCGGAGCGUUUGUAACGUUACGAGUGUUUCGAGUAUUUCGAAUUUUCAAAUUUUCGCGGCAUUCACAAGGUCUUCGAAUACUCGGCUAUACACUGAAAUCGUGCGCAUCCGAACUCGGAUUCUUGGUGUUUUCGCUGGCUAUGGCGAUUAUCAUCUUUGCCACAAUCAUGUAUUAUGCUGAGAAGAAAGUCACCAACACCAGGUUUACCUCGAUUCCAGCGGCUUUCUGGUACACUAUUGUUACGCUGACCACACUCGGCUACGGUGAUAUGGUGCCGUCGACAGUGAUGGGUAAGAUCGUUGGUGGAAUCUGUUCGUUGUCCGGUGUACUUGUUAUCGCAUUACCAGUUCCGGUUAUCGUAAGCAAUUUCUCGCGAAUAUAUCACCAAAAUCAACGUGCUGACAAGAGACGUGCACAGAAGAAAGCUCGACUUGCUCGCAUUCGUAUUGUGAAGAACGCGUCAAGUCAAGCGUUAUUCAAUAAGAAGAAAGCACACGAGGCAAGAAUGAAAGCGUUUGAGCAAGGUCUUCUGUCGUUUGAUGCUUUACAGGAUGAAGACUUAUUCGAAAUACAACAUCAUCAUUUGCUGCAGUGCUUAGAAAAAGCAACGGUAAUUGUGUUUUUGAAGAAUAGCGCACUUCUAAAAUUCUCUUUCUGA